ACCGGGUCGCCGUGGUGAGCUGUGGAGGAAGGAAAAAGUUCAAGAUCCAGUAGCGUCCUGGAUACCAGAAUGGAAAUCAAAUACGCUAUAAAGGUCAUCAUUCUUGCAAAUAUUCUAUCAGUAGGCUUCGCAACCUUUGGACAUGAGCAUGUACAUAUAAGGAUACAUUUACCGGAGGUAGUGCAGCAACAUGAAAAACAUAUCAUAAAAUAUGAAGAUCAUGGCGGAGGAGGUCACGGAGGUGGAGGUGGAGGCGGCGGAGGUGAUGAUCAUCACAUUGAUGUUUCCGGUCCUGGAGACAUAGGAGGUGGCCAUGGAGGGGGUUUCGGAGGAGGUCAUGGAGGUGGAUACGGAGGAGGCGGUGGUUUCGGAGGUGGUUUUGGAGGGGGUCAUGGAGGAGGUGGAGGUUUUGGAGGUGGUCACGAUAUUGGUGGUCAUGACGAUAUUGGCGGAGGUGGAGAUAUCAUUGUAGAUCAUGGUGGUGGUCAUGGAGGAGGAGGUUACGGCGGUGGCGGUGGUUUUGGAGGUGGCCAUGGAGGAGGUGGUUAUGGCGGCGGCGGAGGAGGUGGUAUCAUCAUAGAUCAUGGAGGACAUGGUGACAGCGGCGGCGGAGGUUUUGGAGGUGGUCACGGAGGCGGCGGUUACGGCGGCGGAGGUGGUGGAGGCGGCGGUAUUAUCAUAGAUCAUGGAGGACAUGGCGGCGGCGGCGGCGGCGGUUUUGGAGGUGGUCACGGAGGUGGCGGUUACGGCGGAGGAGGUGGCGGAGGCGGCGGGAUUAUCAUAGAGCACGAUGAACAUGGUGGUGGCGGCGGCGGUUAUGGAGGUGGUGGUUUUGGCGGAGGACAUGGAGGUGGCGGCGGUGGCUUUGGAGGAGGUGGUGGAUACGGAGGAGGACAUGGUGGUGGUUUUGGAGGUGGCCACGGUGGUGGAUUUGGAGGUGGCCACGGCGGUGGAUUUGGAGGUGGUCACGGCGGUGGAUUUGGAGGAGGAGGUGGAUAUGGCGGCGGUGGUGGCUUUGGUGGUGGUCACGGAGGAGGUGGAUUUGGUGGACAUGAUAUCGGUGGAGAUGAUCAUGGCUCCAGCGGUUAUGGCAAUAGUAUAUCAUCUGAUUUUGGUAGCAGUGGCCACGGCGGAAGCAGUUACAGUUCUGGCGGCUUCGAUUCCUAUUCAAGCGGUCACGGCGGUGGCGGUGGAGGUGGCGGUGGUGGUGGUUACGGUGGAGGUCAUAGUGGUGGUUUCUCCGGUUAUCACAAAAAGAAAUAAGAAAUUAUUCUACUGUAAUCAAUACAAGUUGGACAUUGCAGUUAUUUACAGUUAUAAAUAUCUGCACACUGACAUA